GCCCCAACAGCUCCAAUCACCCCUCAGAACCUCAGCCUAAACUCGAUGUUGAUCACGGACCUCCAAGUUUGGCUGGACAGAAGCUUUCAGGACAUACUGCAGUGUCUCGGAGCCACCUUGCAAUGAGGGCCGCCUCGCUUCCUCAGGCCCCGUCAUACAGACCACCACCUACCGAUCCCGUCUUUCACCCACAGAGAGCCCUGUCUGUCGCUGGGACCGCCGACACUCAGCCGCAGGUGGUGGAGGAUUUCAGGGUGCACAUUAUCACGUGGAACGUGGGCUCAGCCAUGCCUCCUGACGACGUCACUUCAUUACUGGGGCUGAAUGUUGGUGAUGGGAACACAGACAUGUAUAUUAUAGGCUUACAGGAAGUGAACUCAAUGAUCAACAAACGACUGAAAGAUGUUCUUUUCACUGACCAGUGGAGCGAGGUCUGCAUGGACGCUCUCAGCCCCUUUGGAUAUGUACUGGUCACUUCUCAGAGGAUGCAGGGAAUGCUGCUGCUGGUCUUUGCCAAGUACUUUCACCUGCCAUUCCUGAGAGGCAUUCAAACACAGACCACGCGCACCGGCCUCGGCGGUAUCUGGGGGAAUAAAGGAGGUGUCAGCGCUCGCAUGAACAUGUUUGGUCAUUCGAUCUGUUUCUUGAACUGUCAUCUGCCUGCACACAUGGAGAACUCAGACCAGCGCAUGGAGGACUUUGAAAGCAUCCUGCAGCAGCAGCAGUUUGAAGGACAAGCAGCUACAGGCGUCAUGGAUCAUGAUGUGGUUUUCUGGUUUGGAGACCUGAAUUUUCGAAUCGAGGACCUGGAUAUGCAAGUUGUGAAAUCAGCCAUUGACAAUAACAAACUGUCCACAUUAUGGGAAAAAGACCAGCUGAACAUGGCUAAAGGCAGUGAGACUGUGCUUGAAGGCUUCCACGAGGGGCCUCUUAAAUUCCCUCCUACGUAUAAGUUUGAUGUGGGUACAGACACGUAUGAUACCAGUGGUAAAAAGCGUAAGCCAGCAUGGACUGAUCGUAUUCUUUGGAGGUCGAGGCCGAUGGCUCAGGUCAGCAACAGCAUGUCGAAGCGCAGCUCCUUGUCAGGUCUAACCAGCGGAACUUGUGUGUCUCAGCAUUUUUACCGCAGUCACAUGGAGUACACCAUCAGUGACCACAAGCCCGUCUCCUCUAUUUUCACUCUGCAGUUCCCAUAUAGGGUGGACAUGCCUUUAGUAACACUCUUUGUAGAGGAUGAAUGGACAGAGAUAUCCGAUGCAGUGGCCAAAUACAAGGCAGCACCCAACUUUCCUCGAAGCUCUUGGGACUGGAUUGGGCUUUACAAGGUUGGGUUUAAACAUCAUAAAGACUAUGUGGGUUAUGUUUGGGCCAAGCAGGAAGAGUCUGAUUUCUUGAGACAGGAGCACCAAGUGAUUUUUACUGAGGAAGAAUUGCCAAAGGAUUCUGGGGACUUCAUACUGGGUUAUUAUAGCAACAAUAUGAGCUCCAUUGUGGGCGUCACCGAGCCAUUCCAGAUUCAACUGCCAGCAUCCGCCGCAGCUGGUCUGAGUCCGUCUGACAGCUCUGACUUCACAUCUGAUGAUGAGGUGAAGAAGAGCGACUCCUGUGACUCCAGCCCUGAGACUGAAGAGAAGCAGAGCAGCAGCUGGAGCUCCAGACGAGCCAAAGGGAAGACGGCAAACCCCAAUGAACCGCACUCCAAAGACACCUCUGCACAUUCCAGCUCCAGCAGGCCGGCCGGUGGGACUGCCGGGUCCUUCGGUGACCCCGUCGCUACGGAUGACAGCUCUAACGCAGGAAAAGAUGCAACCAAGCCAGAGGAACCUUAGCUAAGCACAGCACCUUUUCUGGAGAAAGAUAUCAGCUCGAGGCUGGGAUCGCAGGUUUCAGCUGGGUCUGUGAUGUCGUUGUAGAUUUACUGUCCUGUGAUGUUGUUUAGAGAUGUUGUCUUAUAUGUUGCAGGGCAGAAGUAAGCGUUUAGUAUGUGGCUCCCUCCAGCAAACACAAGAGGGCAGACUAAAUUGUUUGUGCCUGUUCUGUGUAGUCAUUCUAUUUAUAUACUUCUUCUCCUAUUCCUUUAUAACUGCACAAGACUAAAUCUGAAACUCUCAGAAAUAAUCUUCGAUAUACAUGCACAAUAAUAUGUGAUUCAUGGAUUUGGUUUUCCAGGAUCAACCAGGGUUUAAUGCACAACAGAACACAAUUCUGGUUCUUAUUGGAUUUACUGGAGCAGAUCCUCUUAAGUUUUUCCAGUGCUCUGUUCCAAACUCUAGUUGAGCUGCCUAUCUAGGCAUCAUUAGCUAUGUUUCCACCCAAAGUUGUGAAUUUAAUUUAUGCACAAAAUUUAAAUAUUUUUUGAAAUAUUUUUCGCACAAACCUAAAUAAAGCACCGUUUUUAUCCAGCAAGACGAAGAGAACAAAAUCGUAACUUCCUGAAAACUGGUGCCACAUAUCUCUAAGAAAAGGUCAUUUGCUGCAGUAGGAGAAGCCACUGUGGGUCUUUUGCGUAAAAUAAAUUACGUAGACAAAUUGCAAUAAACACAGUCAUGUCAUCCUGCAUUCGGAGGCGGAUGCCUGCUGUUUGGAAAUGCAGACAGUUCUGUAAGAUUGUCAUACCGAACCACUUUGGCGACAGACUUUGGCUCAAGCUUUUAAGAAUGACUAAAACAACAUUUCAGAUGCUGUGCAACAAGAUCGGUCCACUGAUUAGUCUAGUUAUGCCGUCUCAUUGUGCAAAGUCACAUGACUUUUUAGAUGCACAUCAAGGAAUUUAUUCAUAGUUUAUGCGCAUGUUUUCUUAUCAGAUAAAAAAUGUAUCUGCCUCAAUUACAUUUUUAGAAUUUUGGUGCAUCUUGCCAUUUCCAUCAUGUGUUUUUUUAUGCAAUACCCCAAAAUGUGCAUACAAAUAGGUGGAUGGAAACAUAGCUACUGACACGCACCAGACUCCCAGAUUUGACAAAGCAUCUCACCUCUCAAGGAUUGGGCAAUCCCAGACUGCACUGUGAGAAAUAUUAAUCAAUUCUGAAAAGAUUGGAGUAAAACAGCUCUGUCUCAGUGACUAUUUCAGGCAAUAUUUAUGUGUGCUACGUAAUUUGCUACAUCAGAACAACCUCAGACUCUAUCUGAGGUAAUCAACUGUAAGCAUUAAGUCUGGUUUCUCAUGGGAAGUGGUACAUUGAAAGACUUACAUUUAAUUUAGGACACUGCCUUGUAAGGUAGCCGUCUAUGUAGAUAGCAGAGAGCGAGGCAGUUCCUUAGGAUUUGGAGCAGAGCUCGUGAUUUUGCAGUGUCCUGCCAUAGAGGAUGUCGAGAAUACCCUGCUGAAGGUGACAUGCUGUCAACAGCACCUUAUUAAGCCAGGGAAAGGUUUAUGAUAACAAUACACAUGCUCUGAAAAUGCAUAUUUACUCUCCUCAGGUUCUUGAAACGCAGACACACAUAAAGGGAUGACUCUUGGCUAACGCAGCACUCGGUAAAGUAAAGUACAGUUUGUAUAUUAUUCAUGUCCAUUGCCAUCUUAACCAACUGUUAGCAUUUUACGAUAUUAUAGGACAAUGAUGAAGUCUAUUGCUCUCAAAGUUGUGACUGCUGUGCCGUCCUGUGGUUAAUGUUCUCAAAAAUAAUUUCAAAGUAAUGUCAUGCUAGUUUAAAGUCAACAUGAAAUGCUGUUCACAAACCAAUUUUGCAUUGGAUAUUUUUGAAUGAAACAGGAUAGUCACUGAAAGAAAAUACAAGGCGGGCUUGAAUUGAGUGGAUUGUGAAAAGUGGGUGUUAUUGGCUGGUGCUUUGUGACAUCAUCUGAAAAAGAAAUGUAUAUCAGAGGUGGAGCAAAUGAUUACACUUUUAUGGAAGAAUAUGAAGACAGGCAUUUUUUUAAAUGUAACAUUCACCAGUGAAUGAACACAGAACACAUUUUUGUGUUUAAAAACACAAGACACAGAACAGUGGAAUGAAAAAAUGGUGCAGAGAUGCACAACACGGGUGCCCUGUUUUUAGAACUCUGUGUCAUGAUCGAGAUGCUGCAAAAGAUGCAAGUGCAAUAGUCAAAAAGGUCCGUUUUAGUAAAGUGGAAUGCAAAAAUGUGUUCUGUGAGUACAGUAGUCAGGGACAUCAUCUGGUGCAUCUUUAUGUAGAAAAACAAUGGAAAAGAAGUGCAGUGGAAUGCAAAAAUAUGUUUUGUGGGAACGGCACCUUAAGGUGCAUUCAUACUACAUCAACUUUUUAUUACACUUGAAUGGAAGAAUAUGAAGAAAAACA